CAGCCUGCUUCAUGCAUGUUGGUGUGUUGGUCUUGGCAGCAGCUGUGUCAGGUGGGCGUGUCUUGUGUUCUGCAGAGAAGAGGCGGGGCAGGUUUCACAGGUACAGUUACCUCCUGCACCUGUGCUGUUGUCAGUCUGUCAGGGUUUCUCUCCGAGGAAGAACACACAACAGGCGCUGAGGGUAACAUCAUGCUGCACCAUCCAGAGUUCGAGUGUGCGGGCAAGAAGGCGGGGCUCCAGGUGUGGCGAGUGGAGGGCCUGGACCUCGCUCCUGUUCCUGAGAACCUCUAUGGACGGUUCUAUACAGGAGAUGCCUACCUAGUCCUGAAGAGCACCAGCAACCGCAAAGGGAUGCUGCAGUACGACCUCCACUACUGGCAGGGUUCAGAGUGCUCUCAGGACGAGAGUGGAGCAGCGGCCAUUUUUGCUGUCCAGAUGGAUGACUUCCUACAGGGAGCACCGAUCCAGUACCGCGAGGUCCAGGGUCACGAGUCCACCACCUUCAGCGGCUACUUCAAAACAGGUCUCACCUACAUGAAAGGGGGCGUGGUCUCUGGGUUCAAACAUGUGGUGACCAAUGAUGUGGACAUUAAGAGACUGCUACAGGUCAAAGGUCGACGUGUGGUCAGAGCAACAGAGGUUCCCGUCAGUUGGGACAGCUUUAACCAGGGAGAUACUUUCAUUCUGGACCUGGGAGAGGAAAUCAUCCAAUGGUCUGGGAGCAAAAGCAACAGAUUUGAAAGGCUCAAGGCUACCAUGGUGUCCAAAGGCAUCCGGGACGAUGAGAGAUGUGGGCGUGCAGAGAUCACGUUCUGUGAGGAGGGAUCAGAACCAGAGAAGAUGAUAGAGAUUCUGGGUGAGAAACCGGAUCUUCCCGAGUCUCAAAGCAACGACACACAGACAGAUUCCUCCAACAGGAAGGCAGUUAAACUCUACAAGGUGUCAAAUGCUAGUGGGGACAUGGAGAUCAGCGUGGUGGCAGAGGAGAACCCAUUCCCGCAGGACGCCCUGGUGUCCAGUGAAUGCUUCAUUAUCGACAACGGUGCCAACGGGCAGAUCUUCCUCUGGAAAGGUAAGGAUGCAAAUAAUGAAGAGCGCCUGGCUGUUUUGAAGACUGCACAGACGUUUAUCGACCAGAUGGGUUAUAACCCACACACUCAGGUCCAGGUCCUGCCUGAGCUGGGGGAGACUCCCCUCUUUAAACAGUUCUUCAAGGACUGGAGGGAUCAAGAGGACACCGUCGGCAUGGGGACAGCUUAUGUGUCCAAUAAGAUUGCAAAAAUAAAGAAGGUGCCUUUCGAUGUGACAAAGCUCCACCAGUCAGAAUCCAUGGCAGCCCAGUAUGGCAUGGUUGACCAGGGGGAUGGAGAGAAACAGAUUUGGCGUAUCGAGGGCUCCGAUAAAGUUCCGGUGAACCCAGAAACCUUUGGUCAGUUCUAUGGAGGAGACAGCUACCUCAUCCAGUACCAGUACCAGCACGGCAGCAGAACAGGUCACAUCAUUUACAUAUGGCAGGGGGCGGAGUCUAGCCAGGAUGAGGUGGGGUCGUCUGCCUACCAGGCUGUGCAGCUGGACGAUGAACUGGGAGGGGGUGCUGUUCAGGUGAGGUGCUUUGAACACACAGAAGUCCAAACGUGCCUUUUUUUUUUUUUUUUGCUGAGACUUCUUCCACUGUGUAUGCAGGUGCGUGUGAUUCAGGGGAAAGAACCCGCCCACCUGAUGAGUCUGUUCAAGGGACAGCCAAUGGUGGUGUACAAGGGCGGGACUUCCAGAGAUGGGGGCCAGUCUGAGGUUGCAGACACUCGUCUGUUUCAGGUCCGAGCCAAUCCCGCCGGAGACACCAGAGCCGUGGAGGUGGAUCCAUCCUCCUCCUCCCUGAACUCUAACGACGUCUUCCUUCUGGCCACACAAUCUGAAUCCUUCUUGUGGAAGGGGAGGAACAGCAGCUCAGCUGAAGCCAAGGGAGCAGAACAACUUGCUGAGAUCCUCAGUGUGACCCCCACCCCACUGGAGGAGGGGGAGGAAGGAGGUGCAUUCUGGGAUGCUCUGGGGGGACAGGGAGAUUACUGCCAGACCCCCCGGCUAAACAACAAGAUAGACGCCCACCCCCCUCGUCUUUUUGCCUGCUCUAACAAAACUGGAACCUUCGUGAUAGAGGAGGUUCCAGGUGAACUGACACAGGAUGACCUGGCUCCAGAUGACGUCAUGCUUCUGGAUAGCUGGGACCAGGUGUUCCUCUGGAUUGGAAACGAGGCUCUGGAGGAUGAGAAGGCCGAGGCUCUGGCAUCAGCCCAGCGCUACAUUCAGAGCGACCCAGCCAAUCGAGACCCACGGACACCCAUUGUGAGCGUCAAGCAGGGAUUUGAACCACCAACCUUCACGGGCUGGUUCCUGGGCUGGAACACAGAGUACUGGAACCAGGACCCGCUGGAGCGCUUCAAACUGAGCCAGUAAAGCGGGUCUGCCUGACGGUGGAAGGAGAACCAGCUGUGUCUGUCUGUGGUCAGCAGCGUCUGGAUCUGCAGUGCACUAUUGGAGUAAAUCUGGUGUGUUUGCGCCACCUGCUGGAGGUUCAUUAACGUUUAUUUGUCUGUCUCAAAUAAACAAAUGAAUUUUGAAAAAAGUAA